AUGUCCUCUAACGACGAGUAUUCCGACGAGGAUAUCGAGUAUUACGAUGAGGACGAAGACAUGGAAGACAUAGACGAUGUAGGGUCCGCUUCUGAGAUGGAACUUGACCCCCUCAACGACCUCAACGAUCCCACUCGCCCUCAGCGGAAGAUAUUUGAGGUUGAAUACGAGUCGCUGAGUCAGAAUGAUGUUGAGAAGCUCAUGAGGGCAGACAUCGAGUACAUUAGUAGCAUCUUCGGCGUCGAGAUGGAUACAGCGUCACUGAUGCUGCGGUGGAUAAACUGGAACAAGGAGAAGCUUAUUGAGAAGUAUAUGGACAACGCCAAUGCAGUACUCAUGGCCUCAGGUAUCACCCAGGCCGACAAAGCGCCGGAGCGCGCCCAUGCGGGGCGCUCACCGUCUUCAUCGGCACACCAGUCAUCGAUAGGUCCCCGUCGUUCCAGCCGCCGCAUCGCUCCUGAGCCUCCUAAAUCGGGGAAGACCAAGAUCCUAGAGCGCCUUACCCCGCCUAUAGAGGAUGGCAAGUUCAUAUGCCCGAUCUGUUUCGACGACACGCAGACGGAGACGCUCAACAUGACCUGUUUCCACAAGUUCUGCAAGUCAUGUUGGCAUGCAUACGUCGAGAGCAAAGUCCGCACAGAGGCCGAGAGCUGGAUCUCAUGCAUGGCUGAGGACUGUUCACUCGUAGCCCCCGAUUAUUUCAUCGAAGGUGUGCUCAAGGAAGACAAAGCGACAUGGGACCGAUUCCAGGAGCUUCUCGUUCGACACUUUGUGGGGGCAAUGCCGAACCUCAAGUACUGUCCGUACCCAUCCUGCACGUACACGGUAUCAUGCCCGGUCAGCGUCUCGAAGACGUCACUAUCUAGUACAGUGCCUAUCGUUACAUGCGGUGCCUCGGCUGCCCACAAGUUUUGCUUUGGCUGCCACGUCGACAGUGACCACAGACCCGUCAUUUGUGCAGUCGCGAAGAUGUGGCUACAGAAGUGCCGAGACGAUAGCGAAACGGCUAAUUGGAUCAAGAGCAACACCAAGGAAUGCAGCAAAUGCCAGAGUACGAUCGAGAAGAACGGCGGGUGCAACCAUAUGACCUGUAAGAAGUGUAAAUACGAAUUCUGUUGGGUUUGCAUGGGUCCAUGGUCCGAGCAUGGUACUUCUUGGUACAACUGCAAUCGAUACGACGAGAAGGCCAGCGUUGAUGCUCGCGAUGCCCAAUCUCGAAGCCGCGCUUCACUGGAAAGAUAUCUUCACUACUACAACCGCUGGGCCAAUCACGAGCAAUCGAAGAAGCUGUCCGUUGAGCUGUACGCGAAGACAGAGAAGAAGAUGGAGGAAAUGCAGAUCACUUCAGAGCUGUCCUGGAUUGAGGUGCAAUUCAUGAAGAAGGCCGUGGACGAGGUCAUCAAAUGCCGUACGACGCUCAUGUGGACGUACGGUAUGGCGUACUAUCUCGAGAGGGGCAACGAGAAGGAGCUGUUUGAGGACAACCAACGGGACUUGGAGCGUGCCGUAGAGGAGCUGUCAGAAUUGAUCGAGUCCCCCAUCGAUCCGGAGGUCAUCAAGACACUCCGCCAGAAAGUGACUGACAAGACGGUAUACGUACAGAAGCGCAACGAGAUCGUGCUCGAAGACACUGCGAAGGGGUUUAUGGAUCGGCGCUGGAAGUGGAACGUUCCCGUCGAGGGUUAUGACUAA